CGGAGAGCGAGGGACGGCGCGCGGUGAUUGGCGGAGCGUUGUGGCGGGCUGGGCGCGGAUUCGAACUGCGCGGGGCCGUUGGUGCCCCUCAGAGCUGCAGCCGCCAUGGAGCUCGCGGAGUCCCCGGCGCCUCUCCGGCCCACAGAUGAGAACCCCCGGCUGCCCAAGGGCGAUGGCGCCAAGAAGCGGCUCUCGGUGGAGCGCAUCUACCAGAAGAAAACGCAGCUGGAGCACAUCCUGCUCCGGCCCGACACCUACAUCGGCUCCGUGGAGACCGUGACCCAGCAAAUGUGGGUUUUUGAUGAGGACGUGGGCCUGAACUGCAGAGAUGUGACCUUUGUGCCUGGCUUGUACAAAAUCUUUGAUGAGAUUCUGGUCAAUGCUGCGGACAACAAGCAGAGGGAUAAAAACAUGUCGUGCAUUAAAGUUACCAUUGAUCCAGAGAAUAACACAAUCAGUGUAUGGAACAAUGGCAAAGGCAUUCCAGUUGUUGAACACAAAGUGGAAAAGGUCUAUGUGCCUGCUCUCAUCUUCGGACAGCUACUAACAUCCAGUAACUACGAUGAUGAUGAAAAGAAAGUCACAGGUGGGCGAAAUGGUUAUGGAGCCAAACUGUGCAACAUAUUUAGCACAAAAUUUACUGUGGAAACUGCAUGUCGCGAAUACAAAAAGUUAUUCAAGCAGACCUGGACAGACAACAUGGGAAAGGCUGGUGAAAUGAAACUGAAGUAUUUUGAUGGAGAAGAUUACACGUGUGUCACUUUCCAACCUGAUCUGUCAAAAUUCAAAAUGACGAUUCUCGAUAAAGACAUUGUAGCACUAAUGUCCCGAAGAGCAUAUGAUAUUGCUGGAUCCACGAAAGACGUCAAAGUUUUCCUAAAUGGAAAGAGGCUGCCUGUCAAAGGAUUCCGCAGUUAUGUGGACCUCUAUCUGAAGGACAAAGUAGAUGAAACGGGUAAUGCACUUAAGGUUAUCCAUGAGGAAGUAAAUUCUCGGUGGGAAGUGUGUUUGACUUUAAGUGAAAAAGGCUUCCAGCAAGUCAGCUUUGUCAACAGUAUUGCCACCACAAAGGGUGGCAGGCACGUUGAUUAUGUAGCUGACCAGAUUGUGAAUAAACUCAUUGAAGUUGUGAAAAAGAAGAACAAAAACGGAGUUGGAGUGAAGCCAUUUCAGGUGAAGAACCACAUGUGGAUAUUUGUGAAUGCCUUGAUUGAAAACCCAACCUUUGACUCUCAGACUAAGGAGAACAUGACUCUGCAGGCAAAGAGCUUUGGCUCAACAUGUAAACUGAGUGAGAAAUUUAUCAAGGGUGCAGUUGGCUGUGGCAUUGUUGAAAGUAUCCUAAACUGGGUAAAAUUUAAAGCUCAGACCCAGCUGAAUAAGAAAUGUUCAGCUGUGAAACACACGAAGAUUAAGGGCGUUCCUAAGCUGGAUGAUGCCAAUGAUGCUGGCAGCAAGAAUUCUAUAGAUUGUACACUCAUUCUGACUGAAGGAGACUCAGCCAAAACACUGGCUGUCUCUGGUCUAGGAGUGGUUGGUAGAGACAAAUAUGGAGUAUUUCCCCUUCGUGGGAAAAUACUCAACGUCAGAGAAGCUUCUCAUAAGCAGAUUAUGGAAAAUGCUGAAAUCAACAACAUCAUCAAGAUUGUGGGUUUACAGUAUAAAAAGAACUAUGAAGAUCGAGAAUCUUUAAAGACUCUUCGCUAUGGAAAGAUUAUGAUUAUGACAGAUCAGGAUCAAGAUGGAUCUCAUAUCAAAGGUUUGCUGAUUAACUUCAUCCAUCACAACUGGCCUUCUCUUCUAAGACACAACUUCUUGGAGGAAUUUAUUACUCCCAUCAUAAAGGCCUCUAAAAACAAAGAAGAAAUUGCAUUCUACAGCAUUCCGGAGUUUGAGGAAUGGAAAAACAGUACACAGAACUACAAUUCCUGGAAAAUCAAGUACUACAAAGGUUUGGGUACCAGCACGUCAAAGGAAGCUAAGGAAUACUUUGCCGAUAUGGCUAAACAUCGAAUUGGCUUCAAAUAUUCUGGUCCUGAAGAUGAUGCUGCGAUCACCCUGGCCUUUAGUAAGAAGAAAGUAGAAGAGCGAAAGGAGUGGCUGACUAAUUUCAUGGAGGAUAGAAGACAACGGAAGCUCCAUGGCCUGCCAGAGGAAUACCUGUAUGGGAAAGAUACUAAUUACUUGACAUACAACGACUUCAUCAACAAGGAGUUAGUCCUGUUCUCAAACUCGGAUAAUGAAAGAUCAAUCCCAUCACUGGUUGAUGGUUUGAAGCCAGGUCAAAGGAAAGUUCUGUUCACGUGUUUCAAAAGAAACGAUAAGCGGGAGGUGAAGGUUGCUCAGCUGGCUGGUUCUGUAGCUGAGAUGUCCUCAUACCAUCAUGGUGAAGCAUCACUGAUGAUGACCAUUAUUAACUUAGCUCAGAACUUUGUGGGCAGUAACAACCUCAACUUGCUGCAGCCCAUUGGUCAGUUUGGCACAAGGCUGCACGGUGGGAAAGACUCUGCAAGCCCUCGAUACAUCUUCACAAUGCUCAGCCCGCUAGCACGGUUGCUGUUCCCACCAAUGGAUGACAAUGUCCUGAAGUUCUUAUAUGAUGACAAUCAACGUGUGGAGCCAGAGUGGUACAUCCCUAUUAUUCCAAUGGUGCUGAUAAAUGGGGCAGAAGGGAUUGGUACUGGCUGGUCCUGCAAGAUCCCCAACUUUGAUAUCAGGGAAACUGUGAAUAAUAUCCGUCGUCUGAUGGAUGGAGAAGAGCCUUUGCCAAUGCUUCCUAGUUACAAGAACUUCAAAGGCACAAUAGAUGAGCUGGGACCUAAUCAGUAUGUGAUAAGUGGUGAAGUGUCUAUCCUUGAUUCUACAACCAUUGAGAUCACUGAGCUGCCUGUCAGAACGUGGACGCAGACUUAUAAAGAACAAGUUCUGGAGCCAAUGCUGAAUGGGACUGAGAAGACGCCCCCUCUAAUCACAGACUACAAAGAAUAUCACACAGACACAACGGUGAAGUUUGUAGUGAAGAUGAGUGAAGAAAAACUAGCUGAAGCCGAAGCAGUGGGUUUGCAUAAAGUCUUCAAACUCCAAACAAAUUUAACGUGCAACUCCAUGGUUCUUUUUGACCACGUUGGCUUUCUCAAGAAGUACGAGUCUCCCCAGGAUAUUCUUAAAGAGUUCUUUGAACUGAGGCUCCGAUACUAUGGUUUGAGAAAAGAAUGGCUUAUUGGAAUGCUAAGUGCCGAGUCUGCAAAACUGAGCAACCAGGCUCGUUUCAUCCUGGAGAAAAUAGAUGGAAAAAUAGUGAUUGAAAACAAACCCAAGAAAGAGUUGAUUCAAGUUCUUAUCCAAAGAGGCUAUGAAUCUGAUCCGGUGAAGGCUUGGAAGGAAUUGCAAAACAAGGAGGAGGAAGAAGAAGAAGAGGAUGAGAGCAACAAAGAAUCAGCUGCAGCUACCGGACCAGAUUUCAACUAUCUACUGAACAUGCCCCUCUGGUAUUUGACUAAAGAGAAGAAAGAUGAGCUCUGUAAGCAGAGAGAUAACAAAGAAAAGGAGCUGGAAAACCUGAAGUGCAAGAGUCCCUGUGACCUGUGGAAAGAAGACCUUGCUGCCUUCGUUGAAGAACUUGAUGCAGUAGAAGCCAAGCAAAUGCAGGAUGAGAUGGCAGGGAUAGCUGGCAAACCUUUAAAGGUAAAAGGAGGGAAAACAAAAGUGAAGAAGGCACAGCUGCCAGAAGUAAUGCCAUCAGCUCAUGGCAUAAGGGUUGUUCCUCGGGUAACUGCAGAAAUGAAGGCGGAUGCAGAGAAGAGAGCUAAAAAGAAAGUAAAGAGUGAAAAGAAUGAAUUAGAUGAAAAUCAAGAAGGAAACUCAUCAGGGGACAAGGAGUCUUCAAGCCUUAAGCAAAGAAUAGCGCAGAAGCGUAAUGUUGUUCAAGGUACCAAGAGACAGGCCACUCUGCCAUUUAAGCCAGUAAAGAAAACGAAGAAACGAAACCCUUGGUCUGACUCAGGGUCUGAUUCAGAGUCUGAUGAUUUCGAAGUGCUUCCUCAAAGAGAGAGAGUGGUUCGCCAAGCAGCAGCCAAAAUCAAGCCCAUGAUCUCUUCGGACUCGGAUGAAAAUUUCAUCAGCUCAGAUGAGGAGUCUGAAUUUCAGGGGCACAGUGAAGGCAGCAGUGAAUCAGAUACGAACUCAAAAGAGAAACCUGCUCCCAAGCCCCGAGCUGCCCCGAAGGAAACCAGUGAAAAAACAGCUAAAGCUCCCAAGCAAAAGUCAGUAAAAGGUGAUAUCCCCGUCAAAGGCCAAGCUGUUGCUGAUGAGGAUGUGAGUCAAGCUCCUGCAGGUCCUUCUGUCUCCAUACCUCCCAGUAAAGCUGUACCUAAAAAACCUGCUGCAACUAAGAAGGCCAGUGCUGCUAAGGAUAACCAGCCGUCCAUCAUGGAUAUCCUAGCCAAGAAAAAGGCUGUGCCAAAAUCCAGCAAGACAGCAGUGAAGGAGGAGCCUCUGGAUUCGGAUGCUAGAGCAGCGGAUGUCAAGAAGCCGGGUCCGACCAAGGGGCGGAAACUUACCAAAAGGCAGCCGAGUUCCUCAGAUUCGGAUUCAGAUUUUGGUGUGAAGCCUUCCAAAUCAGUUGCAGCAAAGAAACCCAAGCAGGAAGACAGUGACAGUUUUACUGCUGAACUAACUGCUCGCGCAGACAGUCCCACAGAAGCCGCACCCCGUGCCAGGCCAGGACGUCUCAAGAAGCCUGUCCAAUACUUGGAGUCAUCUGAUGACGACAUGUUUUGAAUUUUUAUGAAGUUUUUAAACUAUUGAUCUAUGAAGUUUCUUUCAGCAGAGCCCUUAACAAGCUCUCACCGAAGAACAUCUCAGGCUAGGAAGUCUUUUUCAAUUAAUUUAAGCUUGUCUAAAAAUGUUUAAUACAAGUGAAGACAGAUCUAUUUUUUUAUUUUUUUUUUAAUUCAGACUUGUUUAAAUAGGAACACCCACCCUUUCUCACAGUGAUGUGCCCAGCCAGUGCUGAUGUGCUUCCCUUUUACCCAUUAGCUAGCUGGAAGGUCCGGGUGAAAUCUUUUGACUCUUUGUGGUCAUUUUAAUAUCAAGGCAGAUGUUUGUAUAUUUCAAGUCCUGUCAAUUACGCUUGCCUAGAUUAUUCUCUAUCCUAAUUAUAUAUCAUCUUUAGAUAUCUUAAAAACUAACAUGAAAACUUUUAACUUCACUAACACAGAGACUUAGCUGUGAGAUGCAGGUAUAUAGAACUCCAAGCUAGUGUUUUUCUUAGUCUUUUAUGUCUGUGCAAGCCCCUGUUGCUCAACUUCUGCCAUGUUGAGUUUUAGCCUUUGCUUUUUUUUUCACUUCAGAUUUGGUAACGGAGGUUUGUGCAGACUUGUCUCCACACUGUGCUCAGUGUUGGCAGUUUUAUCUUCUGCCCUGCUGCCAAAAACCCUGCGUUCAGCUAGUUCAGCCCAGAGGUCAUCCUUAGGUAAGAGGCGCUGGUGCCUGCCAAUGUCUUGUGCCAUUAGCCGGGUGUCUCUUGAGGUGCCAGCUGCUGGCGAGGAGGGGAGCUCAGCAGCAGCUGGAGAGACAACUCUUUGUCAUCCGGGAGUCUUUGAUGAAGGCAAGCAGGCUGGUUAUUCCAACGUACACAUUGCAAAGCAGCAGGUUCCCCUGCCCUGGGCUCCUCUGCUGCUGUAUUUGGCACUACAACAGGCUGCGGUGCAGAACGGGCACUCCACAGCGGGAAGCUUCUCCUGCCACCUCCUUCCUGGGCACAGAGGGCUUCCCCUGAGCACCUACAAGUGCAGUCCCCUGCCUGCUGGAGCCCCUUUGUCACCUCCCUGCCCUUGGGCGUGGAAGGUAGUCCACCACUUGAUUCCCCCCAGCUUCUGCUGAGGAAGACGUCGUCCCCUCAGCUGUAUUUCAGGGGUGUAGAGCUCGUCGUGAUUUCUUCCUCAUGGAGCCAUUUCUAUGGCACUGAGUGUUUGUUUUGUGACCCUGUAAAUAUUUUCUGUGUUUGUCGUUAAGCCGUCCUUUUAACUAUUUACGUAAUAAAAGAUUUUUUUUACUUGA